UAUACCAUGUCGAUGUAAAGAUAUUGUGGUGCGCUGAACUGAGGCUUACCUUGUCAGUUCCGAAGAGGCGAGUAAAUACAUGAUAAGGAUUCGCAACGUAGAUCUAGGACGCCUCGAAUAGCAGUCCGUGUGGCGUGUGUAAAACUAAGUAAUAGUUACAUGUACUUUGUUUGUUCAACAUUGGAUCAGAGAUUAAGCACUGUACUGUUAAAGCAGUAUUCUCAUGUGGAGUGGUGGCAUCUUACCUCCUUGGAGUCAUCGUCUUGCUCAGUAGUCAACAGUCCAUCAGCCUCAAUCGGGUUUGGGACGCACAGACCGAACCUAGCUCAAGUACAGUGCAAUUUAUCUUGUUGCACCUGCUACGAUUCGAUUAGGACUACUAGUUUCGUUGGACAGAAUCUGGGGAAUCCUUGACAUGGCUGAACCUAUUCACUCUGCCUCAACUGCUGCGAGUGGCACAGAUGCAUUGUACGUCGCCCCUGAGUACAUACAGGCCCUGGCAACAAUGUCAGCUGGCGUACUUCCAGGUCUGCAGUCGUUUUCAGGGGGUGGUGGCAUCCGCCUUCCAUUACAGUCCAGUGAUAUUGCCAUUGAAGAGGAACCUCUCUAUGUUAAUGCCAAGCAGUACUCAAGAAUACUGAAACGACGCCAGGCACGAGCUAAGCUUGAGCAAGAGGGGCGACUGCCGAAGCAGCGGAAGCCAUACCUGCAUGAGUCACGGCACAGGCAUGCUAUGAAUCGUAACCGUGGUGAUGGAGGACGCUUUAACAAGAAUCGUCAGAAAGAGCGUGGUAAAGCACAGUCGUCAGGAGCGACUGCGUCAUCUUCAGUAUCAACAGGACAACAGCAGCAGCAGCACCACCACCACCAGGCACAGCAACAGCGGAAUGGCUUGAGUUCAGCUACAUCUCACUUGACACCUCUGAGUGCUAGUGUAACAGAAGAUCUGCGACUGGAUGUGCACUCCGCUGCAGGUGGUAUUCUCGUCAAUCAACUGCCAUCCUCACUGUCCAUCCCUGCUCUUGAUCCGGAACGUGUGGACACACACGGAAUAGCAGCGUUGGGAAUUCCUGACCCUAUUCCGAGUAUCUAUCAAUCACUUCCCAGGACCAGUGGUCAUUAGAAAGAUCACACAGUGUUGGGGCAAGGCUCUCCUCUUCUCAUGCUCUCUGCUCUGCACGCUUUUGUAUAUUUCUGACUUUUCUGUACAUGCUGUCGAUAUCUACUCUACAGCCUUACUUUUCGUACCGUUUAUGCUGCUGCUGCUGCUGUAAAUAUAUUUGGCUGUCUUGUGUUGAUGCCACGCACGGGUGUAAUAUUUCCGACUAUUCUGCACAUAAGUACUGUACAGACUUGCUUUUCAUGCUGUUUAUACUGCUGCUGCUGCUGCUUCUGCUGCCGAUGUAAAUACCUUCGACUAUUCUUCUUGUCGACCAAUCAAGUUAGUUUUCCUCUGGUGUGGAGUUGUAAGUUGUUACCCCCCCCCCCCCCCCCCUUCUUCUAUCCUGUUCCCAUGGACCUACAAAACGUGUGAGUGCACACAAGCAACGUGCGUUGGGAUAGCAUGGCCGUGCAUCACGGAUCAAUGCAGAAUCCUUUCAUACAGCGUGUGCACAUAGACAUUGUGUGCAUCGCAAGCACACUGUCACCCAAGCCAGCCAGCCAGCCAGCCAUAACAACUGUACACAUGUACAUUGUAUACUGUAUUAUUAUGUAUUCAUAGUCACACUACUCCUGCUAUUCCCAUCUUAUUCUCUUUUCUAGCAAGCAAUGCUGCACAUAUGCCACGUUGUCACGGGUUGCAGCAUCAUUUUAAUCUUAUUCUACAGUGCUCUAUUCAUAGUAACAGUUCAUGUCAUAACUUGUUGUCUGGUGAAAAUGAUGUCUCGACCCGCCGAUGACUAUGUACCUCUA